CGGUCGCCUCAGUAGAGACGUGUUCGUGCUCACACAGGGACAGGUGCCACGACGCCCAGCGCCCAACUUGAGCUCGCGGAACAUCCUUGUUUAUAACACUUGUUGUGCUCCCCUACACGUUUUUAACUUCCAACACUGGAGUUAAACUCAGUUCAACACUAAUUUAUGACACAAUGUGAACACGGAAGUGACGUGAAGUGAUUUUUAAAAUACCGGCAUCGACAGUCAUGUUGUCAAGAACGAUAUAAGUGCAAAAUUAUCUUUACUGGUACACAAAUCCCGCAUGGAUUUCACUUGCGUGAGACGCUGCUGAAUUUUCAACUUUUUUAUUUCAAUUGAUAAGGCUUGAGGGCGCCGGCGGCAGCAUGAUGGAAUGCCUGUGCCCCGCGCCGCGCACCCUGGCCUGCCGUGUGGUGUUGCUGGAUGAGAGGGAGUUGCUACACGAAAUACAGGACAACAGCACAGGGCAGGCGCUGCUGGACGUUGUGUUCAGACACUUGGAUCUUCUGGAGACGGCGUAUUUCGGAUUGCGCUAUGUGGACCAGGAUAACCAAACACACUGGCUGGAUGCUGGCAAGAGGCUACGGCGGCAGCUCAGAGGUUCCGAUCCUCACACCUUCUACUUCGGAGUUAAGUUCUAUGCUGCUGACCCUUGCAAACUACUAGAGGAAAUCACCAGGUACCAGCUGUUCCUGCAAUUAAAACAAGACGUGCUCAGAGGUCGGCUGCCCGUCGGAUUCGAUCUUGCAGCUGAAUUAGCAGCAUUUGUCCUGCAAUCGGAACUGGGUGACUACGACACCCGUCGGCAUGCGCCGGGUUACGUCUCCGAGUUCCGUCUGCUCUCUCACCAGACUCCGGAGCUGGAGGCCCGUGCUGCAGAUAUUCACCGCACACUCACGGGGAUAUCUCCGGCGCAAGCGGAGUUGAGCUACCUGGAUAAAGUAAAAUGGCUGGACAUGUAUGGCGUAGACCUUCAUCCGGUUCUGGGCGAAGAUAACGUGGAAUAUUUCCUGGGACUGGCGCCGAGCGGUCUUUUGCUAUUACGAGGCAAACAUACAGUAGCCAACUACUACUGGCCUCGCGUCUCGAAACUUUACUACAAGGGGCGUUACUUCAUGCUUCGCAUAGCGGACAAAAACAAUGACACCGUGACAUACGGCUUUGAGUCACCAACGAGGUCAGCGUGCCGCCACCUCUGGCGGUGUUGCUCCGACCAUCAUGCGUUCUUCAGACUGCAGCAGACCUCACCUGCCUCUGCUGACAUCUUCGCCUUGGGCACGAGACUAAGAAACAGUGGCCGAGGCACGCGUCCGCGACCUCCUCCCGCGUUCACACGCACUCCGUCGCGGCGCAUCUCCCGACCCUCGCACGUCUCGCACUCUUCACUGCAUGACGUUCCUAAGCUAGAAGACUUGAGAAUAAAAGACUGCCCUCCAGAAAUUAAACAACCUACCUCAGUUCACAGACCUAACUCAAUAAGUGGCGAACCGGCUCCUCCACCGGCCAUGGCCCCUCUCGGCGGGUCUCCGCGGUCCACGCGCUCGGCCCCGACGCGACGUGGACUGUACUCCGCGUCCCCCUCAGCCACCAGGCCUCCACCAGCUCCUAGACACCGAUCCGCCUCCGUAGAUUCUCAGAGUUCUAAUGACUCGAGAACUAAUAGAAAGCACAAACACCGGUCUCGCCGGCAGCAAUCGGACGCGGAGAGCGAGCUGUCGCGGGGUUCGGGUCGAUCCGGCCGCAAGCAUCGCCGACAUCGCUCGCGACACAAGCAUGAGUCCGGCUCUGAGAGGGACGACUCGCACCCUGACCCCAAAGAAUAUGAACUUAUCGAAUCAGAAUCACAAUGGAAAGAAGUUCUUAGGCAGACGAAUGCUGGAAGUGGAGUACAGGUUGCAAGCGUUCGUCGUUCUCAAAUGGAACCAGACACUGGAACACAUAGAUCAUCACAUAGACAUAGAAGACACAGAAAACAUCGGUCGCGGUCAGGGUCUCCCAAUGACAAGAAGUGGCUACCAAAUGAACUGAAGCAGCAUUUAGAAUUUUCUUUAGUUGAUACGACUGGUAUGACCGAGGAGCAACUGAAAGAAAUCCCUUACACAGUAGUCCAGACUAGUCACGCGCGUCAAACUAAGUUGAGGACAUCUUCUAAACAUCGACAAACUGAGCAUGGAUCGUUGGCAAGGAGGGAUAGAAGUGCUGCAACACACGGGAAAGGCCAUGACAGUCAUAAUCAAGGAUCACUCAGAUCCAUAUCCAGUACGCUCAGCUCACACAGAACAAACAAUGAGAAACACGGCAGACGCGUGUAUCCCAGCUAUGACGAAACCGUAAAUAGAAACGGUGAUGACUUCCUCACGAACAAUGGUUACAAGGGCAACGUAACUCCAGUGUCCAACAACAAUAAUCCGUAUAGUCCCGUGACCAACAGCAACAGUAACAGUUCCAGUGGCGAGCUGAUCUCGGGCAGUGCUAGGGUUUCUCAUGAGCACACUGAUUCUGGCCUUGGAGCGGACCAGGAUUACGCGUAUUCGUCAGAAAGAUCGAGUGACAGUGCCAAGUGCGGUGCAGGUGGUUCGACAGCGCCUGUGAGUAGGCUGUGGUCGGUCGCGGGCGGAGCGGGGAGCGCGGAGGUGCGCGGGGUGCGGGAGGCGCGGGCCGGCGCCGUGACGCGGCGGCCGCCUGCGGCGCCCGCGCGCGUGACCGGCUCGCAGCGCUCGCUGCUGUCGGUGGCCAGCGACAGCGCCACCGCGCGCCGCCCGCGCGACCUCGCCCCGCGCGGCUACCUCCACCCCGCAGACGGGGGCUUUUCUCUCUUCAGACAUGCUAGCAACAACAACAUAUUGAUGGGCGAGAGCGGGUCGCUGGCGCGGCGCUACGCGCGGCCGACGCGGGAGUCGCGGGACCACAACGCCAACGUGGCGCGUACGCAUACACGCGUCGCGCACGUCCGCCACGACAACACUCUCGACAUUAUCCUUAAACCUCUCAUAGAAAGCACGCAGCUGCCGAGCCAUUGAACUCGGAAAACGAUGGUGCUCAAGUAAGCACGGAAGCUACCUAUAAAUCGUCCAGCAAUGCAAAUGGCAGCAAGCCGCCGGGAGCCGCUGAGAUGAGCACAGAACUGUGAAUCGACUUUACACUUUAUACCUAUGUACAUAACAUAUGUUUUACGUUGAAACCUCUUUUUUAGUACCUACGUAUUCAUUUAGUAAAAUUAUUUUAAUAUUAGCUAAACAAACUCCUGUUCCUGCUGAGGAAUAUAAAAUCAUAUCGUUUUAAUUGUAUAAUCUUCAUAAAUUUGAACUGGGGAAAUAUAAUCGAUUUGCUCGAUAAUCACUCGAAUGGAAUGAAUAAGAUGAUGCGAAUAUGAAAGGUAAUGUUAUAAUACGUCAGGGGAGAGAUAUUUCGAAUACUAUAGAUACCGGGAUUUUGCCGAUAAUGCUGAAAAAAUGUUAUGGGAACAUUUAUAUGAGCGUACGUAUGAGAAAUGUUAGUGGCAGAAAAACUAAUGUCUUCUUACGGGUAUUGAGGAGGAAUUACGAUAGUAUACUUAAGCUGCUAAACUUCUCAGUCGAUUUUUCGGUUAAUGCAUUUUAAGAGAAUAUUCUAAUAAAUGGGUAAUUCUUUUAAUAGGUACUUAUUUGACUGAGGUGAUUAGAUAUUGACCGUGUAAUACAACUAGUCUAUAAUAUGUUGUAUGUUAUUUAUGUAUUGUAACUUAUUCAAUUGUAAAUAUUCUUUAUAAUAAUAGCAACAAUGACACUUAUUACACAAGCUUAUGAGAAUCUUACAAAUUCAGAGUCACAAGAUACGUUAUGAAUAUAUUUUGUACCAAAGAACUUUAUGCUAACAGUUAUUGUCCUAAAAACAAGAGACGUUCCAUUUAGGUUCAUGUGGAAAUUCAAGACAGCAUAAUUUUCAAAUGAAUGUUUGAAAAGUUCUACCCCUCUUGUAUUCAAGAAUUGCACAGAUAUAUCCGUUUUUAAACUACUGAAGAGAUUAUUGGAUAUUUAGUUUCGCUACUCCUGAAUUACAUAAUUUAACAUAUAGAACGUUGUAUUUUCAAUUAAUUUUUAUGAGUAUUUUUUGUAAAUAAAAUUAUAUGUUUUUUCUUUGUAGUGUUUUUUUAUAUAUAAAUUUAUGCCAGAGCAGAGAAAAUAUUGUUAAAUUAUUAUUUAUUAAAAAUUCUUUUGUUAUUGUGAUUAAAGUAGCUACAAAAUAGACAGUGCUGGAUAACUAUAUUUAUGUAAAUUGAUCAACAACGGGUAUUUUUUAACAUUAUAAUUUGGUUUACCAUUCAUUUAUCAUGACCACGUAGUGAAUCGUUGUUAUGUAGUUUAGUCUUUAAUGUUUAUGGAACAUGGAGGCUAGGUGUGUGUUAGAUUUUAUCGUAAGUAAAAAAAAAUAGCUACGAAAUGAGAUUGUGUCCUAUCACAACAAAUUACAAUUAUAAUGUAAAAUAUUUGUUUAAUAUGGUAAAAAAAAUAUUUCUCUUUCAAUUUAUAAGCGAGAAAAAACAUUUCAUUUGACGCGUUUCAAUUAAUAUAUCUGAAAAAUAGUUGAAAGCAAAAAUGUAUUUUGUAUUUUAAAGAUAUUGAAUGCGAUUUAUCUGAAACAUAUUCAAUCUCGAUAUAAUUAUGACAUGACCUCUAACUCGACAUUUCACGUAGUCGAGAUGAUAUCUUUUUCGGAGAAUUCGCUCAACGGCGCAUUCAUUUAUGUACAUAUUUGUUAGGAAAUACUGCAUUAUAAAUAUUUAUAAGUCCAUAAGUAAUUAACUAUUCAUUAAACAUCUACUCAUGUUCUCAAACGGGAAUAUUAUUCCAAAUAUCUACCUACUUAAAGAAAUUUCACCAAUAUUAUUAUAAUAUAUGUAAAAAGAACAUUCUAUACUCGCUGAGUCUACCAACAUGUUUAAUAUUCUCUAGUAAAUUUAAGCAAAAAUAGUACGUAAGGAAUCUGGAAUAAUGUUUAGUCGGUCAAUUUGUACUGUGGCAAGACUGAAACUUAUAAUUUCUAACAGCAACCAUUGUACCUAACAAAAUUGUUCGGUGCGUAUUUUUUCAAAAUUGUUCUCAUUGUUCGCAUUAAACGAUACUAUUUGGAA